AGGGAGGGGCGAGGAAAGAGAAACAGUGUCAAUGUCACUGGCACAGUCGACCUGUAUCUGCUGUUGUUGUAGACUACGUCAAGAGCCGUAGAUUAUUACAGGGAAAAGGACACUGUAAAAUACAGCACACACCUUGUAAAAUUGACUCGAUUAAAAGUAAGGAUAUAUUGAUACAAUAUCCAUUUCAAGGAAAUAUAAACACAUUGCUCAACACGAACAUGCAGUCAUUCUGCAAAACAGCUACCAAUAACCUGAAGAAAAUUCUGUCCAGAAAUGCAGGUUUUCCAUCAGUAUGUCCCACAAGCAGAGCAACCUUGGGGAUUGCAAGAACUAGCCACUCUGGGAUAGUACCCACCAAAAAGAGAGGCUAUGACAUCACCAGGAAUCCACACCUCAACAAGGGCAUGGCCUUCACCCUGGAGGAGCGCUUGCAGCUGGGGAUCCACGGGCUGCUCCCUCCCUGCUUCCUCUCGCAGGAUGUGCAAGUGCUGAGGGUGAUGAAGAGCUACGAGACAAGAUCCAGCGACCUGGACAAAUACAUUCUGCUGAUGACCCUGCAGGACCGGAAUGAGAAGCUGUUCUAUCGCUUGCUGACCUCCUACAUCGAGGAGUUCAUGCCCAUUGUUUACACCCCCACCGUGGGGCUCGCCUGCCAGCAGUACGGACUGGCAUUCCGGAGACCGCGGGGGCUGUUCAUUACCAUUCACGAUAAAGGGCACAUUGCAACAAUGCUAAACUCGUGGCCAGAAGACGAUAUCAAGGCCAUCGUUGUGACUGACGGAGAGCGCAUCCUGGGCCUGGGUGACCUGGGGAGCUAUGGCAUGGGGAUUCCAGUGGGAAAGCUGGCCCUUUACACAGCUUGUGGCGGGGUCAGGCCUCAGAACUGUCUUCCUGUGCUUUUGGAUGUUGGCACAGACAAUCAGACUCUAUUGGAAGAUCCUCUCUAUAUUGGACUAAAGCACAAGAGAGUGAGGGGGAAGGAGUAUGACGAGCUGAUUGAUGAAUUCAUGAAAGCUGUGACAGAUAAGUAUGGAAUGAACUGCCUCAUCCAAUUUGAGGAUUUUGCCAACUCUAAUGCCUUCUGUAUACUCAGCAAAUACCGUAACAAAUACUGCACCUUCAAUGAUGAUAUUCAGGGAACUGCUUCUGUUGCAGUGGCUGGCAUUCUGGCUGCUUUAAGGAUCACCAAGAACAAACUCUCUGAUCACAAGUUUGUUUUUCAGGGCGCUGGGGAGGCUGCCAUGGGGAUAGCUCAUCUGAUCAUCAUGGCCAUGAAGAAGGAGGGGGUUCCAUACGCUGAGGCCGUCAAGAAGAUCUGGAUGGUUGACUCAAAGGGACUCAUUGUUAAGAGCAGGGGGAAUCUGAACCAUGAGAAGAAGCAGUUUGCCCAGGAGCACCCCGAAGUGAGGACGCUGGAGGAAGUUGUUCAGAUUGUGAAACCCACAGCCAUCAUAGGAGUUGCUGCCAUUGGUGGUGCAUUCACAGAGAAAAUCAUUAAGGACAUGGCCUCCUUCAACAAGCGGCCCAUAAUAUUUGCUUUGAGUAACCCGACAAGCAAAGCAGAGUGCACAGCGGAGCAAUGCUACACUCUGACUGAGGGUCGUGGUAUCUUUGCUAGCGGCAGCCCCUUUGACAAAGUGACUCUUGCUGACGGUCGCUCCUUCAUCCCUGGCCAGGGAAACAAUGCCUACGUGUUCCCUGGAGUGGCACUGGGGGUGAUCGCCUGUGGAGUGAGACACAUCUCUGACGACAUCUUCCUCACCACAGCCGAGGCUAUUGCUCAGGAAGUGACAGAGCAACACCUUGCUGAAGGAAGACUGUACCCCCCUCUGAGCACCAUCAGAGAGGUGUCCUUCAAAAUAGCUGUCAAGGUUGUUGAUUACGCCUACAGGAAUGGUAUAGCAUCCUUGUACCCAGAGCCUGAGGACAAAGAGGCCUUCAUCCGUUCACAUAUCUACAGCCCCGACUACGACUCCUUCACCCUGGAUACCUACAGCUGGCCCGACCAUGCCAUGCAAGUGCAAGAUGUUUAAAUCCCACUGGCCAGUAGCCCCGGGCCUCAUACUACCAACAAGGCCUAUGAUCUCUUACCAAUUGUUAGCAUUUUGAGACAGAUGAUUUGACAUUCUGGAAUAAAAAGGUUUAUUUGAGAAGGUAGUUAGUUAGUCAUCGCACUUUUUGGUGAAUCAUUUAAUCAGUGUUUUUUACAUAUAGAUUUCUGUCCUGUUUCAGUGAAUGGUUACCCACAGCAGGUGUGGUUUGGGUACAAGCAGAUUACUUUUUUGAAUCAUUACAAAUGUCUGCAGAACCCGGUUUAUUCUGUGUUUGGGUUCUCCACAGCUAGUAGGGAAUCAAAUACAGUUAAAAGAAGCAGUUGCUAGAGCAACCAAGGAAUCAGGCAUGCUCCUGAUUGCCAUGGAAACGGCAGUACUGUGACACAGGGUUGUUGACAUCUGGAACAUUUUCUUAAUAAUGAACUAAAAAUGAAAAAUAUAAUAUAAAAAAGAAAAAAACACCCCCACCACCCAGAAUUUUUUUUUUUAAGCAUCACAGAAACAAUGAAUCUGCGUCUCCAUCCUAUGUACUUUAAACCCUGAUAGCAACCAUGCUGACAAGAUUUCAAACUGACCUUUAAUAACUUAAACUUGAGUGAGUAAACCUGAAAUGACAGGUAUUUUAUCUUUUGAAUCAGGAAUCCAAAAAGAACGCUAAUUAGUUAUAUCUUAAACAUUGUAAAUAGAGUUUUGAUCAUGCUACUAUGGAUAGUUCAUGUUUUAUAUAAACCUCAAAUCAAUAUUGUUCGAGUGCUUCGGUUUAGAUCUCAACCCCAGAAUCUGACCCCUUAACUUUUUUUGACGUUUUGUUGUUGUUUUAUUACAGUUUCUUAAAAGGGAAAGGGUUUAGAGAAAACAAGCUUUACAGCAAUGUAAUUCCUGUAUAAUGGCAUGCAGUCUGUUUCAAUGGGAAACAAAUGGUACGUGAAGCAAGCACGGUGUUUAUUGUUGUCAUGAACCGCAGUUGCCUUGGUACCCUCACAGCUUUCCAGCCCCCCACCCCGUAUCCUCAGGUUUCUUCAACACCUGCAAACAAGCUUGUACAGUAUAUCCUCGCUUCUAACUGUAUGUCUUUUGAAACAGAAUGAAAAAAGCAAAGCAAUGCAGAUAGAUCAAAUAUAAUAUAUACCAUGCUAUUAAAAAGUGGAUGGAGAAACAGUUUAUACGAUCUUAGUCGAAUGGCUGUAAUUUUAUAUGAAGAUUUCGUAUAUCUGUUUUGACGUGGGACUGCUUAAAAUACAGACUGCCUGUUUAGAAGCAGCAGUUGAUGUGUGCAAGAGGCCAGUAUUUAACAAAUAAUGUUCUUAGUUUUUAAGUUUAUUUUUACACUUUCAGUAGAGUGGUUAACAAACUGAUUUCAACACACCAGACCUCUAAGAAAGAUAACUAAAUAAUUGUGGACUGUUGUUAUAUAGUAUAGGAAGACAUUGCAACUAUUUAGUUAUCCUAGAGUCCUCCUAGAGUUACUUGACAGUGAAAGUGUUAGUUACAGUUGCAUCUACAUACUCAAGAGUUGUGGUUUGAGUUUAGUGAAGCUAUGAAAGUGUACUGUAUAUAAGUGAACAAUGAGGGUGUCAUAGGCAUGAUGAAGGAUUGAACUGAUUCAGUCAGGGAUAUGUUCUUGUGUUAUUCUGAAUUAAUGCACAGCAUCACAUUUAAAAAUCCAAAGGGUGCAAGAGUAGGCUAACUCUCAAAUAAUUAAUUUUCAAUGGUGUUUUCUGACAGCCAGUGAUUGUAAUAGUACCUUAACGUUAGUAAUGGCUUCAAAGCCGUGUAUAUGUACGUAAUAAGAAGACAUGGGGAUCCCUCUUCAGAAGCAUAUUGUAGGAACACAUGUUUCUUUUUUUGGUUCAUUAAUGUUAGAACACUGGGGUCCAUUUAAAAGAUCUUUUUAAAGUGUUAAUCAAAAGCUAACUUAAGUAAUCUUGCUUUAGUUUGGUAACUAAAUUCCAUAAUGUUGAGGGUUAUUCCACUCUUGCACCAGCUGUAAAACAUUUGAAUGUUUGUUUUUUGAUGUAUAUCAGAUAUUUGUAACUCCAGGGUGAUAGUUUGGGAUCUGAUGGCACUGCUCUGAAUGCAGUGGGUGAGUUUUGUUUGACUGUACUGUGUGCUUCCGUUGUUCAUCAUCUCAUACCCCUUUUCCACUGACGCACAUACGGGUGGUUUUCCGCUGGCUAUUUGUUGAGCUGAGCGAGAACCAAACUCAGAAACACUGGCCUCAUAACACAUCUGAAUCCUACUCAGAGCCGAGCAUGGCCAGUUAAUGAUUUUGUAUAAUUAUGUUGUGUCAGUCAGUACACUCAAGGAAGACUAACAAUAUGGCGUGCAGCUAAUUGGAGGCUGGCCGGGCACCUGCGGGCUUGCCUGUAAGCUGCCCACAGCUGCGUUGUCCUCCAAAGCUGCCGCUCUGAGGUGG